AUGCCUUUAGUAUUUAAUGGAUUCAUGGAAGCUGGAUUCACCAGCACCAAUCCCGGAAUGUCUUGUCUGGGGGAUACUACCUUGUCGGGUGGUUUGGAUACCUUGUUGGCCGAACAUAUUGUCAAGAAUUUCUGCUCGGACGAUACUAUUUCCGUAUUAGAUGCAUGUGGUGGCCAUGCCGUUCCAUAUCACUACCAUGAACGCAUGUCCUGCUUGUACGAGAGUGAUUCAGAUACAGGUCAUUCCACACCAAUCCCCAUCCAAAGAGACAACAACAAUGCCUAG